UUCAACAUAUUUCCCAAAAACUUAUAUAUCACACGCUAGUCACUGUGCGCGAGACAGUCGCAUCAUCUCUAAUGCAGAACCAAACGUCGCUGGUUGCCUAAAGGCAUACACUUUAAAUGUGCAAAGGAACACACUGCUGUUGUCUAAAGGAACACACUGCUGUUGUCUAAAGACGGUGACUCUCUCACUGGAACAAGACGGAAACAUGGAUAGAAAAUAUGUCAUUGCAAUUGCUGUGUGUGUGACUGUUGUAGUCGUCAUCAUCGCCAUCGUCGUUGUCGUCGUGGCUCUGUUAAUCAGACGUCGGAGGAGGGUUGUUCGUAGACGACAGCGACAACCACGACCACAAAGCUCAGUUUCUGCUGAGGACACGCUGCAAGUUAGGGCUGCAUAUAAUUACCGAAUCAGCCGCGAUGACAUCGUGGAAAGAUCAGGAAAAGACGACUUGGAGCUGAAAGGCAUUCAAGGUGAAAAAGAUAAAGCUAUGUGCCCCCCGACGGCGCCAGCUGGUGGAGUCGCUCCCCCGCGUCUCGAUCCCAUAUAACGCCGGGCCAAGCUCACCACAAGCAUCUACUGCACAGCACCUGCACAUUCAACUGUAUCAUGAACUGCAUAGACGUCAGACAUUGUCCCCAGUAUAGCAAGAACUGCACCAAUGACACGUGUGUGUUGACACGUGACAACUGCUUGGACGUGACAGUUCACAUUGUAUGUGUGCAUAUUACAACAGAUCAUGUUUUGAAUAGGUGCGCGUGAUGAUGGAUAAGUGUCGUGAAGUGACAACAGUGUCAGGCGUCAGCGAACUCGUCAUGACCUUUGACAAAUGAACCCGGAUGUGACAGCAUGAAGGCACCCGAAGCUCAGAGACCUUGAACGUGAUAUGAUUUGACGACGACUGGUCCAGAGCACUGGCUUGGGAAAUCCACACGUUGUUUGUGAAUAGCGACAACAAAGUCAGAAGUCAUUAACUCUCUCCAGGAACUUCUCCAAUGGAGUUGGUUACCUGAUGUGCAGCCACCAGGACCUCCAAGACAGCAGAGUUGGAAUUUAUAUGAUUUGACGACAACUUUACAGAUCGGUUAUUCGUCGAGGUUUCUAAGGUACAUAUAUGCACACAUAUGCGGCGGCCAUACAGUUUAAAUCGAUGUGCUAUGUUUAUGUUGAGUUGAAAAUGAUAAUUGAAAGUACAAGGAAAGGCGAUCACACAACAGAGGAUGUUACUGAUGUAUUGAACCUGUGUGGAGUUACAACAAAGAGUAUUGCCGAUGUACUACUGUGUAUGUUCAGCUACCACAAAGGAUGUUAUUGAUGUGCUGUAUAUGUGUCGGGUUGCAACUAAGUUUGUUAUCGAUGUACAGUUUGCGUGUCGAGCGACCACAAAGAAUGUUAUCGAUGUACCGUGUGUGUGCAAAGUUGCAACAAAGAAUGUGAUCGAAGUACUGCACGUGUGUCCAGUUUCGAGAAAGUAUAUUGUCGAUGUACUGUGUGUGUGUCAAGUUUCGAGAAAGGAUGUUAUCGAAGUACUGUUCCUGUUUCAAGUUUUGAGAAAGGAUGUUAUCGAAGUUCUGUACGUGUGUUGAGUUUCUACAAACUAUGUUAUCAAAGUACUGUAUGUGUGUUAAGUUUUCAGAAAGGAUGUUAUCGAAGUGCUGUACAUGUGUCAAGUUUCGAGAAAGGAUGUUGUCGAUGUACUGUAUGAGUGCCGAGUAAAAACAAAGGAUGUUUUCGAAGUACUAUGUGUGUUGAGUUACAACAAAGGAUGUUUUCAAAGUACUGUACGUGUGUCGAGUUUAGCAAAAGGAUGUUGUCGAUGUACUGUAUGUGAGUCGAGU